CGCCACCCACAUAUUGAUUCUUUGCAUACCUCCGAAGCGCAACAUGGCUCUUGUUGCAAAGCACCCGUCGGGCAAACCUUUGAACGCAACAUGACUCAUGAUGCAAACAUCCAAUCAGAACAUGACCAAUGUCGUAAACCUCUGAGCACAGCAUGACCCAUGUUGCAUAACUCGUUAGCUGGAUGAUACCAAGCGCAACAUAAUAUGUAUUGCAAACCUUCAAGCAUAACAUGGUUACAAGCCUCAUCAGGAUCUCACGACGGAUCCAACGGCUAGCGACCCAGUCGAUCAUUUCAAAACAUCAGUCGGCCGACGCGUAGGAUUUAAAAACAGGUGGUUAUACUUGACCAAAGCCCCACGAAGCCACUUACCAAGACACGCACAACCCCGCCGUUACAUAUACCGGCAUACCGCCCGAUGCCGCUCCACGAUCGCUCCUCACCGUUCAGUCUCGUCUCGCCGGCUCGGCCCCUCGCCUUCGCCAGAAAACCUCAGACGGCGCACUGCCGGCGUCGAUCGAAAUGCAGGGCCACGCUGACAGCGAGAGCGGCCUCGCCACCGCGCCUUCCAGCCCCACACGCUACCUCUGCUCCGGGCGAGACGGUGAGUGUGACGAAGACGGCGGAGGCAUCCAUUACUUCUUCAGCGCCCCGGCUAGCCCCGUGCACUACAUCCUCCGUUCGCCGCCAGCGUCCUCCGCGUCGGCCCACUACGCUCCCUCCGCGGAUGGAGACUUCUGCACGGCCCCCGGCGACUUCGAGUUCGCCGCGCGCCACCGCGGCGUCGACGGCGCCGCCGCCGCCACCACCAUGAGCUCCGCCGAGGAGCUCUUCCUCUCCGGCCGUAUCCGCGUAGGUUGCCUCUCCCCCAUCCGCCAAGAAACGGAUUGCAGGGAGCAGCAGGGGGAGGACGGCGAGGACGGGGGCGGCGUCGAAGGCCGCUCACCGCGGCCUCGCCGGACCAGGUCAGCUUCGCCGCCCCGGAGCCCGCGGCUCGCCAAGACUGCAGAGCCUGCCGACUCCUUGGCAUCAGCGUCAACGUCAUCCUCCUCCUCCUCUUCCUCUGCCAAGACCAUGCGGCGGAGGAUAUCGCUGCGGGACCUCCUCGGCCGCACCUGCAGCGAUCCCUCGAUGAGGCCGCCGGCUCCUAUUACCACCGCCGCCGAGAGGUCAGGAUCCUGGCUGCCAUCUAUCUGGCCGGCGCGGGCCAAGAAAGCUCUGCCCUGCCCGGCGCCGCAGCCUGCUCGCCGGUCAGUUUCGUCGGUCAGGGCAGCACCGGGCGGCGCGGGGCGCGAUGAGGGGCCGCGGCGGCGCACAACGUCUCUGCCGUACCGGCAAGGCCUGGUCCUUGGAUGCCUCGGCCUGGGAGCCCGGAGCUACGGGCUCGCAAAGUCCAUGCACCCCCUCUCCACGCGGUGAUCUCGGCACGUCUGGCAAGUGGCAAGGCAUAGUUUCAGGGCUUACCUGAAAAUAUUUGAUGCGCUUUUAUCCCCAGUGCAAAAUGGAAACAAUGUUAUGUAUACAUCGCAAAUACAGUAUGAUUUUGUUCAGUCGGCUCAAUCUUCUUUGUAAGGAAUAAACUUCUUUGUCCUGAAUUUCAUUCUCCACUAUUCGUUGUGUUUCGUGUUACUCUCUCCCACCCAUAUUUUACUUGUCUUAGAUUUAUCUAUGAUACAAAUCGGAUUGAGUACUUUUUUUUUCUUACUCCAUCUGUCGAAAUGCAACGUGCAUUUUAUUUGUUAUAAAGGCUUUGACAAACAAUUCGAAAUGCAACGUGAGUAGUCCACUUAGGGUGUUGGAGUGGUUGGGUGGGAUCGCCGUUUUGUGACGAUCUACCAUGCAAACUCUUGUACAUAUCUUUCUCUCUUCUAUAAAGCUAAGGUACGCAUUUGGCGUACUCUUGAAAAAAAGACAAACAAUCCUGCAAACAAAAACAAUCACUGGAUCAAUACUGCAAUCUCAUGUAUGCGGCUUUUAAUACUACUACAAGUUUAAUGCCAUUAAUAUUAUUCACAUAAAUCAUAUAUUAACAAAGUAAAUCACAAUUAAAACCUUGUUUUA